GCGAGGACUCGGGGGUCGUUUGGCGCGGUGGCCCGGCACCUCUCAAGAGCGCCAUGAGGUCGGUUAGCUACGUGCAGCGCGUGGCCCUGGACUUCAGCGGGAGCCUUUUCCCGCACGCCAUCUGCCUCGGAGACGUCGAUAACGACACAUUAAAUGAACUGGUAGUGGGAGACACCAGUGGGAAACUGUCUGUGUAUAAGAAUGAUGACAGCCGGCCAUGGCUCACCUGCUCCUGCCAGGGAAUGUUGACUUGCGUUGGCGUCGGAGAUGUGUGUAAUAAAGGAAAGAACCUGGUGGUGGCAGUCAGUGCAGAGGGCUGGCUUCACUUAUUUGACCUGACAUCCACCAAGGCUCUGGAUGCUUCUGGGCACCAUGAAACUCUUGGAGAGGAGCAGCGUCCUGUCUUCAAGCAGCACAUCCCGGCCAACACCAAGGUCAUGCUGAUCAGUGACAUCGAUGGAGAUGGGUGGUACGAGUUGGUGGUAGGAUACACAGACCGUGUGGUACGGGCCUUCCGCUGGGAAGAGAUGGCCGAGGGGCCUGAACACCUGACAGGGCAGCUGGUGUCCCUCAAGAAGUGGAUGCUGGAGGGUCAGGUAGACAGUCUCUCUGUGACCCCGGGGCCUCUGGGUGUGCCUGAGCUGGUUGUAUCGCAGCCAGGGUGUGCUUAUGCAGUUCUACUAUGUACCUGGAACAAGGACACUGGCUCCCCUCCUGCCUCUGAGGAGGCCACAGGAGACAGUAGGGAAACCCCGGCUGCUCGAGACAUAGUGGUGCACCAGACGUCUGGCCGGAUCCACAACAAGAACGUCUCCACUCACCUGAUUGGCAACAUCAAACAAGGUCAUACCCCUGAAACUGGUAACUCAGGCCUCUUUGCCCUGUGCACCCUAGAUGGGACGCUAAAGCUGAUGCAAGAAGCAGAUAAGCUGCUGUGGUCUGUACAGGUGGAUCACCAGCUCUUUGCCCUGGAGAAGCUGGAUGUCACGGGCAAUGGGCUUGAGGAGGUGGUGGCAUGUGCCUGGGAUGGGCAGACAUAUAUCAUCGAUCACAACCGCACCGUGGUCCGCUUCCAAGUGGAUGAAAAUAUCCGAGCCUUCUGUGCAGGCCAAUAUGCCUGCAAAGAUGGCCGCAACAGCCCCUGCUUGGUAUAUGUCACUUUCAAUCAGAAGAUCUACGUGUACUGGGAUGUGCAGCUGGAGCGGAUGGAGUCCACUAAUCUGUUGAAGCUGCUGGAGGCUGAGCCUGAGUACCACAGCCUGCUGCAGGAGCUGGGUGUGGAUCCUGAUGACCUCCCUGCGGUCUGUACCCUGCUUCAGCAGACUCUCUACCACCCGGACCAGCCACCACAGUGCACCCCCUCAGGCUGCCAGGACCCCACCUAGCUGGGCUUGGCCAGUUAGCUGGUGAGGGAUCCUUGAUCUUGGCAGGAUGGGG